CAUCCUUUUCGGACGGGCUGUGAAACGUUUGUCUACUUGUCGUUGUGUGAGUUGAGCAACGUGGAUAUCUGUAGUAGUGAGUAGAAACGAGUCGCAGCUUUGUCAUAGAAUUUCGUCAUUUGAUUUUUUUUCUGGGCCCUCCUCAACGGUGCGUAACCAAGGCCUCGUACUGAAACGAAAGAAUCUCAUUUGAAAUAUUACCCAGUUGAAAUAUCUUUAGUCAAAGCUUUAGUCAAUCUUGAGACACUGUCCUCAUCGCACUACCGUUUCCCGUUUCUUUUCGAGUUUCGUUCAACUAACCCGUUUGUCGACACAUCAAAGAAAUACCAGCACAACAUGAAAGAAGAAAUUGAAGCUGCGGCGCUUUUCCUAACGCAACUGGUGUCCCAAUCCAGCCAGCUAGUCAACAUUUCUGAAGACCGACUACAGACUUUCAAGAGGCACCUGGUUAGGCUGUUUGAGGAGAGGUUCCAUGACCACUGGUUUCCUGAAAGGCCUCAGCGUGGCCAGGGCUUUCGUUGUAUCAGGUUAAAUGGAAGCAGUCGCCCUGAUCCCCUCAUUCAGAAAGCUGCCUUCGAGACUGGGCUUGAUUACUGUGAUCUAAAGUUGCCUGUGGAAUUCACCAUGUGGGUAGACCCAAGAGAGGUCUCUUGCAGAUUUGGCGAGCAUGAAGGAUCCUACUGCACCGUGGCGUCGUUCGGAAAGGAAACGGGCGCCAAGGCUAUUGCCGACAGCGCGUUAAGGCCGCUGCAAGUCGUGACCGAUAGUGACAGGAGUUUGGCUGUACCCCAACAACAUAGUCCCAGACGAAACACUAGCCAUCGAAGCAGAGUAUCUCCGUCGCCGUUGAGUCCACCGCGUGUUGUCCAACAGCAGCAGCAACAACAACAGUACCGACUCAACUGUUUUUAUCCCAACUACGAACCAUCGCACAAGGGCUGGUAUCCCGUGACUGCAACCUCUUCCUAUAGUUCUCUCUCACCUCCGCCACCACCCAUGGCUCUCAGUUAUCACGCACCAAAAUCUCGUUAUGUUCAACAGCAACAUCCAUGGGGACUAGCUUACGUCCCAACCGUCCGUUACCUGAAUAAUUGGCCUAUGGGACAAAUGGUCAAGGUUUGAGGUAGAAAGAAUUUACAGAAAAAGAAAGGCUCAUCGUUCAAAAAAGGACAACAUACAAAAAGAAAGUUCCAAUCCCCUGUCAACCCUUGCCUUUGAUCUGUCAUUCCUUUUUUUUUCUUUUCAAACUAUUACCUCCUACAGUAUUUCAAUUUGGUUUGUGAUAAGUUCCUCUUUUUCCUCAGCUCCCGGUUCUCAUUUUUUUUUCGAUUUUAAAGGGGGUGUGUUUUUUCCGUCCUACAAGUUUGUCUUCUCACUCCCUUUGUUUGUUUUCGUUCUUUUUUUUUUUUCUUUCCUGGCCAUCUAUUUAGCGUGCCCCCCUUCGACGAGUCACUGGCGAUUACACCUCAGCGUGCAAUCCGUUUUGCCUUUGUCUGACUCGACAUACGAAAAAGCACACUAGCACCUUUUUCUUCAUCCCCAUCUAUGUGAUUCAUGUUUGCUACUCUACGAAGUGCACCCCACCUUUCGUGACUUGAUCUAGAUAACAGAAAACGAUCAAUUUUUCUCGGACCAUUUAGCAAUUUGAGGACCCUACCCCUUUACUACUAUUUCUCUUCGCCGAAGAGGAAAAAAAGAACAACAUCAAAGAAAAUGUUCCUUGUUGGUGUAUGUGUAAAAACUAAGAAUCCGUCCCAGCUACAGUACUCUCAAACUAUAUAUGUAUAAUCGAACUCACUUUCCGUUUCCCAUGAUUUUUGCGUCCUCUUUUUCAUAUUAAUUUUUUUUUUUUUUUGUCUGUGCGCGUUUUUUUGUUGUAUCUACGUCGAAGUUGCUCCGGUUGAUUUUGGUCAAACAUGUUUCAUUCCUCGUCCUUAAAAAAAAAGAAACCAACCAAAUAAGAGAAUGUAUUUAGUCGAUUAUAUUAUAUAGUAUCGAAUCCCGAUUAUUUCCCAAUUUUUUUCUCCUUUGAAUGGCUGGGAUUUUUUCAUUCCUUUAUCCCCAAUUCUUAAACACAAUACAACUUACUUUGUUUCCGCAAAAA